GUGACCUUUUAUGUCAUUCGGUCAAUAUUUUUGGUUAAAAAGGUAUAACUCUCCAAUAGUCAAUGCUCUCUCUCUCUCUGAGCACAUAAAAAUAUUUAUCAGCUAUAAUCUUUGGAACAUACACUGAUUUUAAAUAAUGUUCAUAUACAAAAUGUUUUGUGCCAUCCUAAACUGGUCAGUUGAGCGUUUGCUGUUGUUCAUAAAACUUAUCGCGCAUAUUGAAGUUGAAAUAUCAACAUUCAAUUCGAAAGAAGAAAAAAAAUUUUAAACUAACCAUGCGUUUGAUCUAUCUACCCGGUAUAUUGCUGGGGCUAUGUGCCAUGCAAUGUGUUUUCCUAGUGGAUGCCGCUCGCAUAUUGGCUGUAUUUCCAUCGCCCUCAAAGUCUCACUUAAUAGUCCAUACCUCAGUGGCUGAAGCAUUGGCUGCGGAGGGUCAUAAUGUCACCGUCAUAUCUGCCUUUCCAAAUGUUUUGAAGAAUACCCAUUUCUCUAAAUACAUAACCAUCGCGGGAAAACCUUUGGAUCAAUCCUUCACCACUGAAAUGGUGAACAAACCUCAACCGUUUUAUAAGAAAAUGCGUCAAAUGUUGACUUUCGUUUUCGACCAUGCCAAUGAGACCAUGAACCAUCCUCAAUUGCAAGAGUUCCUUCAAACCCAUGGUCCUGGAGACUUUGAUUUAGUGAUCGUGGGCUACUUUAUGAAUGACUUCAUGUUGGGUCUGGGAGCCCACUUUCAAUGUCCCGUGGUCAUAUCGUUUAUGAUCCAACCUAUAGGACCCAUUAAUGAAAUAGCCGGCAAUCCCUUUGAGGUCUCCUAUGUACCCUCAUUGCUCAUGGACGUUCGACCACCGAUGACUUUUGCUGCCAGAGUAAAAAAUUUCAUAGCCAUAGGAUUUGAAAGAAUUAUAAUGGGAGGAUUUAUGUGCUAUAAGAAUAAACAAUUCUAUGGCUACAACUUCCCUGCCGAUCGUUAUCCCCCUCUGGAGGAGGUCUAUAAAAAUGUCUCCCUGAUCCUGACAAAUCAUCACUUCAGCCAAGGACCCAUAAGACCCAAUGUGCCUGCCCUAAUUGAAAUUGGUGGCAUACAAAUCAAAGAGCAGCCAGAUUCCUUACCCGCUGAGUUGGCCAAGAUUUUGGAUAAUGCCAAAGAAGGUGUCAUCUACUUCAGUUUUGGCUCCAAUGUUCAAGGCUCUCAUUUGUCCAAGGAAAAGGCCAAAAUUAUGUUCGAUGUACUCUCCAAGCUGCCCUAUACCGUACUCAUGAAAUGGGGUGAUUCUCAUUUUCCUGGACAAGCGCCAAAUAUCAUUUACAAAUCCUGGUUGCCUCAAGAUGACAUUUUGGCUCAUCCCAAUGUCAAGCUAUUCAUAACACAUGGCGGCCAAGGCAGUGUCGUAGAGUCGCAAUACCAUGGUGUGCCCAUGGUGGGUAUACCCUUCUUUGGUGAUCAACCUGCCAAUAUGGCUGCCGUAGAGAAAGCUGGUUUUGGCUUGGCCUUGCAAUAUACCCAACUAACUGAGGUAGAUUUUCGCAACACCAUCUUGGAGGUGCUGAACAAUCCCCAGUAUAGGGAAAAUGUUCAACGUUUCUCCAAAUUGUAUCGUGAUAGACCCAUGACUCCGCGGCAAAUGGUGCGCUUCUGGGUGGAUUAUGUGAUUAGGCAUAAGGGUGCCUAUCACAUGCAAUCUCCUGCUGUUCACAUGACCUGGUGGCAAUUGCAUUCGCUGGAUGUGAUUGCUUUUCUUAUGGCGGUUACUUUUGGAGUUUUUGGUUUAUUGGUGGGCUUGUGCAGAUGUCUGUGUUGCAGAGGCGGCAAGAAGGCAACAGCAAAAACUGUGAAUAAAUCGAAGAAGAAUAAAUAGAAAAAUUAGUUAAUGUUAAAUUUUAUACAGAGUUUUUGUUUUAAGAGAAAAAUAAAUAAAUUUUUAAUAUUAA